UCGGAAUUUCAAGUAUGGGAAGUGCUCUAAGACGGAUUUGAUAAUUAAUUCUGGAUCGGGUCUGGCUUCGAAGGUGAUGGGCCCUUUUUCUGGCUUUGAAUUUAUAACUUCCGAUUCAUGUACUUCUGAUAGUUGCCAUGGCUCAUUUCCAGUUUCUUUUUUAUAUCUUUUGUAUAAUUUGGAAUGAAUCUUAUCUGUCAAAAUACUUGGUAACCCAGUUAAUUUGGCAUGCCAAUCCAGAUAAUUGGCGACCUAUUCAUUCGAAAAAAAGAUUAAAAUUCCCAGACUAUUGUAAAGCAAUGAGACUACACAACUAUCUCAAUUUCACGCUGUUCACAUUUAAUAAAAUUAGGAUAUUGAUCCAAUAUCUUGUUGCAAAAAUAGGAAUGAUCAUAAGCUGGCUUAGGUUGGGAUGCAAAUGAUACACUUGCUUGAAACAUGUCUGAUGAAAUCAUUUCUGGUGAAGCAUUUGGCUGAGAGAAUGCUGGUACUUCAGCUGGUAUGGUUUGAGAUGCAUUUACGAUUUUUUCGCUAGUUAUAUGACCAUGCUCAACAGUGGGAUCA